AUGGCAAAAGGUUCAGCUUUAACAUCCAUCCAAAUUUCCCUUUUGCUAUUAGUAGCAAUCUUUGUUUGUUCAGAAGCUAAUCAUCGUGACCGUGAUUAUUGCUGCGGUGGAAAGGAAACAAAGAUUACUGUGUACCUUCAACUGUUUUCAGGCGGACCAAAUGCCACCACUGUCGCAGUUGCCGGCGCCCCUGGUAGGCCGAGAACUCCCACCGAAUUUGGAACCAUUUAUGUUAAUGAUUCUCCCUUUACAGAAAGCAUCAGCAUCAAUUCUCCAACUGUUGGUCGAAGCCAAGGCCUUUAUGUAGCUUCAUCCCGUGAUGGACUUUACUCAUUUGACCCAUUUUCCUUCAUUUUCACCGACGGACAAUACAACGGUAGCACUUUGGAAUUCCAAGGACUAGGAUAUAGCAUACAAAAUACUUCGGUGACUGAAUUUUCAGUACUUUCUGGCACCAAAAUAUUUAGGUAUGUUCGUGGAUAUGCAACCUUUCUGGCAGUUCGACAAAUACCAGCAAGGAAUUAUACGGUUACAAUGGCCAAUAUUACCAUAAGGCGAUGCUGA